CUAUGAAUUCCCCCUUCCUAAUCUGAGCAGCUAUUUUUAGCUCUUGUCUCAUUGGUACCGUAUAAAUAUAUUGUUUUAUGUUGAGGACAGUCGCAGCCUGAACACUUGUUUCACCAACUAGAAUGAACAGAGGGCAGGAAGAAGGUGCCCUCACGCAGUGCACGGAAGAAAAUGAAGGUAUGCAUCAAGAAAGAGAUAUCUUUCGGCGAAAGCUGAGAGAAUUCCCUAAUCUUUUCGGAAUAAUUAAUUACAGCACGCUUACACAGAAGCGACAGCAGACUCUUCUAGAGAAGUUCUCUGUCGAGAAAGAGGAUGGCGAUCAUCACUGCACGGAAGCUGAGAAGACAGCCUCUUCUAAUCUCAUCGCCUUUCUGCUUUUUCUGAGGAAAGAUCGCGAGAAGGCGGUUGAAGAGAUUAACAAUGUCUUGCAAUCACCAAACAAUGACUCUAAUAUUGUUGCUUUGGCCUCCAUGGCUGUAAUAAAGUGGGAAAUGGGAGACAGGCAAGAAGGAGAAAGGUUCGUUGAAAAGUUGGAGAAUCUCCGUCAACAGGAGAACUUUCAAGAGAAGGUAGUGGACGCUAAAGCCGAAAUUGGUUACUGUUGUUCGAGGAUGGGGAUGGUCUAUGCUCAACUAGCGGUGGACAUGUUUAAGGAGGUCGUCAAGGCCAGACCAUGUGACUACACUUGGAAGUUAGGCCUGGCAGUCGCUUUGAGGCGAUCUCUAAAAACUAAUUAUGUGAUGUACUUUCGAAUCCCUCCCCAGUUAACGUCUGAGAGGUCGCUUAGAGCGUUUGACCUUCUCUUGGAAAUCAAGAACAGCAACGCCCCCGACACACUGAGAGCGGAAGCCUUGGUGGAACUGGGCACAUUGCUGCAAAAUGAAAAGUUUCCUGAGUUUGAAGACGUGAAAGUAAAGGCAAGAAAACAUGGUAUAACCGCUGAACAGUGUUACGAAGAAGCCGUGGAACUAGCGCCCACUGACCCGCACGUGCUGACGCACAGCGGAAAAUUUUUCAGCAAUAGGAAGCAGCUCCAGAGAUCUCGAGAACUGCUUGAACGCGCCAUUGAAAUCAGACCAACAACAACUGCCCAUCAUUUUCUCGGGACCACCUUGACAAAACUGGUAAGGGAAGAGAAAUACCAGUCAAGACAGGACUGGGGAGCUAGUGCAGGAGGCAGACGAUAUGACAAUGAGCGACAAAUAGAUCACAAACACGUUAAAGCGGCGAUAGAACAUUUUGAAAAGGCGAUCGAAAUUUCCCAGGAUGACAACACACCAGCUAUCUACGAUCUAGGAGUACUGUAUGUCUGUGUUGGGGACGAUGAUCAGGCUCUUAAACAGUUUUCUAAACUAAUUAACCUGACAGCAUCCCGUUGUAGUCCCAUUCAGUUGAUCAAGUCGCAUGAGCAGGUAGGGCUCAUCUACAUGAGGAAAAAAACUGGAGCGAGAAAUCAGGCAGAAAGACAAGAAUACACUGCCGAGGGCUGCAGGCUGCUCCAGGAAGCUUUGCAGAUGCAGUGUCAGGCUGUGAGAUCACUUCCUCCAAGUGAGCCUGACCUUCCGGCCAGCAGACCUUCAUUUUAUGAUCUCUGCUGUGCAGCUAAAGGGACGAAGUCUCCUAAUCACCAAUUAAAACAGAUAAGCAGACUGUAUGAAAUGAUCAGGAACUACAGAGACUAUUUGAAUGUUCUUACUGAGAUAUCCAAAUUUACACGCCAGAAAACAUUAAAUGUCGAAAAUUUAGAAGAGUGUUUGAAAAACUACGUUACUCGCCAACAGUAUGACCAUGCUCUGCUAUUCUUGAGUCUGCUGGAGACAACGGAGGAAGAAGUACUUAUCAGUCAGUGGUCAGAUCCUGAGCUUCCAAAUCGAGUUCGCGUUAUGGCCGCUUGAAAAAAAGCUACUGAGCCUAACUGAUAAGCCAUAUGCUUCCACUGACGAGACGAUAAAAAAGAAGCCUUUUGCUUCAAUGUUCUCCCUGUCGGACGAAGAGACUCCAAGACAGUUUGUGGAUGAUGGCUGGAACGAAGAUCAGAUGGAGAAAUGGUGGCACGUGAUGAUCCUUUAUAAUGAAGACGAUAGCGACAUGAAGAUCAAGGAUUCGGCCGUAAAGAACAUUUUACAAAACGUGUGCGGGUUGCGUGCAUUGCAAACGAUGAUGACGAUCAGUUAGAUGACAGUGACUUCGAGCAUAGAAUCGAAAAGGCCUAGAACUCUCUUAUACUUCUGGUUCUCUGUGGUCAGGAAGUAUAUGACUGUAUUCCUUUUGCAAUAACAUGUUACUCUCAGCUCUUGCUCUUGUUAUUUGAUUUCUCUUUGCGUUUUCUGUAUUUGAUUUUAUUCUUCAUUUAGUACGGUUGUUUAUUCUUCAUAUUUUAAAUAUUAUUUGUUUGUUUACCUGUCCUUCGUAUGCUGUCCAUGUUUAGCUCUUGUUCUUAAGCGUUAAAGGCAUACCUCUUUGGAGUGCGAGUAUGCGCUGUACAGAUUUUGCAAUUAUUAUUAUUAAACAUUUAGUGAGAAAAACAAAUAGACAUCUAAAGUGUAUUUUUAGCGUAGGCUUAAACUUUUUUAGCUUACAUUCUGCGUUAUUGUUGAAUUAAAAUUUUUCGUGCUAUAACUUCUGGUAGCAAGUUUCUCUACCAUGUUUCUUUUAAUGUGUAAUUCAUAUAAAUGACUUUACUAUAUUGUUCUUUUUAAUCAUAAUAUAAAGUUGUCGGCCAAGUAAUCAACCGUUAAAGGGAAAAUAAUGUUGAUUCAUAUGAAUUAUAUUACUUUUUUAAAAGAUUAUUCCACCAUGUUAGAAUUAUUAUUUAAGACGCUAUUAUUGUUGAAUUGUUUUAUGCUGUAUUGCUCGCAAUAGUUCAUACACAGUAAAUAUAAACACUAGAUUAGUUUUAUCUGAUGAAAGAUUCAUGAGGUAGUUUUGAUGUGUGGAUCGAAGACUGACUGUAAAUAACGUGUGUGUUUUACGUUUCGAGAUCGAGGCUGCGUACUGACUGACAUCAAGGAAACCUCGUGUUGCUCAUAGUGUGUUCCCUGGAAUUUACGAGAAUCGAUGCUUGGAUUAAUUUUUAUUUACCAGCACAUUUUAUAAUUGUUUAUGUGAUUUAUGGUUUUCCUUAAUGCGUGCAACUCAAGUUUAGAUUUAAUGUUCAUUACCAAUAAUUGCAGAAGUUAACGAUCUUUGUUGCUUUAUUGAUGUAUACUUCAUAUUAAACAUUGCGAAACAGUA